AUGGCGUCGAUUUUACGCCAGAUAGUGGCAGGCCCUCGCGCCAAACAUCCAGAAGCUGGACUGGAUCUCUGCUACGUGACCGACAACAUCAUCGCAACCUCCGGCCCCAGCGGCACCUAUCCUCAACUCGCCUACCGCAACCCUCUAUCUCAGCUCGUCGCCUUCCUCGACAAGAAACAUGGAGACAACUGGGCCAUCUGGGAGUUCCGCGCCGAGGGAACUGGGUACCCUGACUCUGAAGUCUAUGGUCGCGUCAAGCAUUACCCUUGGCCUGACCACCAUCCUCCACCAUUCAACAUGAUUCCCUUGAUCAUGGCUAGCAUGCGCAACUGGUUGAUGGAAAAUGAAGAGAGGGUUGCUGUCGUACACUGCAAAGCUGGCAAAGGACGCAGUGGCUCCAUGAGUUGCAGCUACUUGAUCUCAGAAGAGGGCUGGAAGGCCGAGGACGCCAUACGCAGAUUCACAGAACGCAGAAUGAGGCCGGGCUUUGGCGCUGGUGUCAGCAUUCCUAGUCAGUUGCGCUGGAUCAGCUACGUCGAUCGCUGGACACAACACAAAAAAGUCUACGUCGAGCGCGAGGUGCAGGUCUUGGAGGUUCACGUCUGGGGUCUGAGAGAUGGUGUCAAGGUCAGUGUCGAAGGUUUCGUCGAUGAAGGUCGCGUCAUCAAGAACUUCCACACUUUUAGUAAAAACGAGCGCGAGAUUGUGCGUGGAGAGAUCAAAAAGUCUGGAGGCUUUGCAGACGCCGUCACUGCCGUCAUGGGCAUUAACAGUGCCGAGAAGAACCUCCACCUCAAGGAGGCCGAGAACCUGGAAAAGGAAGAGAAGGCAAAGGCUACCAAAAACACUCUCACCAACGAGAAGCUACACAACGCGACAGGAGACGUCGUCUUCAGACCCUCGCAACCUAUAAUCCUCCCUACAAGCGACGUCAACAUCGACUUCGAGCGAAGAAACAAGGCAGGCUACGGCAUGAGCAUGGUAACAGCUGUCGCUCACGUCUGGUUUAACUGCUUCUUCGAAGGCCAAGGCCCCGAGAAUGCGUCUACUGACAAACCGCCAGCCUCCUCUGGCGUCUUUGAGAUUGACUGGGAAGCUAUGGAUGGUAUCAAGGGAAGUUUGAAGAAGGGCACAAAGGGUUUCGACAAACUCGCUGUCGUCUGGAAAGCUGUUGAUGAGCCCGCUCGUGGUAGAAGGGCCAGCGUCAUUACAGAACCACCACCAGGCUCAGACGUACCGGAGACAGGUCCCGCAGACUGGAGAGGCCACCACUACAACAACCCUUCACCUGGACAAGGCAGAAAUCUAGGUCUGAGAAGCGAGACUCCUGCCAGCAGAGACGUUAGCCAGGCCAGCAGUACAAGGGAAGAAGACGGAAUUGGGAGCGAUACUGAAGGCGUACAAAGCUAUGUCGAUGGCGAAGUCAAAGGGCACAAGCAAGUGCAGCACGAGAAAGAGAUCCAAGUCGAGAGGAAAAGCGGUCCGUUGCCGACCAGUCGUGAUCUCCCAGGCCCUGAACACAAGUUUACUGAUGCGAAAGCAGAAUGA